GAGCGCGUCGGGCCCCAGGCGCGGGACGGACCGGAAGUGGGGCCGCCUAGCUUUCUGCUCGCUGCGCGCAGUGAAGCGGUGAGUCUGGCUGCCGCGGUCUUUGCGUGCGGCUCCAGCUCGGCGCCAAGGGGCCUUGGGACGGCGGGCGGCGGCGUCCCUGAGCCGGACGCUUAUUGUGAAGGUGAGGGGGAGCUCCCUAGCUGAACAGAUCGUUUGAGGAAGGGGACUACUUUUCUGUGCGUCGUAUUUAUUACCUUCCAAUAAUUGGAUCAGAAGAUGAAUCCAGCUAAUCCUUUCAGUGGGCAGCAGCCUAGUGCUUUUCCACCAUCUUCCAGUAGUUCCAUAGGGACGUUUCAAGCUAAGCCACCAUUUCGGUUUGGUCAGCCCUCUCUUUUUGGACAAAACAAUACAUUAUCUGGGAAGAGCUCAGGAUUUUCACAGGUGUCCAGCUUUCCAGCAUCUUCUGGACAAAGUCCUUCUUCUUCAGUGCAAACAUUAGGAUUCUCCCAAACCUCAAAUGUUGGACUCUUUUCUGGACUUGAACACAUUCCGGCCUUUGUAGCUACCUCUGGGCCUUCAAGUUCAUCUGUGCCUGGAAACCCAGGAUUUAGUUUUAAAUCACCCAACCUUGGAGCAUUCCCAAGUACUUCUACUUUUGGACCAGAGACUGGAGAAAUAGCAAGCUCUGGUUUUGGGAAAACAGAAUUUAGCUUUAAACCUCUGGAAAAUUCAGUGUUCAGACCAAUAUUGGGGGCUGAAUCCGAGCCAGCAAAAACACAGAACCAAAUUACUUCUGGAUUUUUUACAUUUUCCCACCCAAUCAGUAGUGGACCUGGGGGACUGGCCCCAUUUUGUUUUUCUCAGGUGACAAGUAGUUCAGCCACCAAUUCAGAUUUUACCUUUUCAAAACCAGGUAAUAAUAAUUCAUCAUCAUCUGCCUUUACUCCUGCUUUGUCAAGUCAAAAUGUGGAGGAAGAGAAGAGAGGCCCAAAAUCACUAUUUGGAAGUUCUAAUAGUGGCUUUACUAGCUUCCCCAUAUCUUCUUCAGGGUCCUUGGGUGAACCCUUCCCAGUUAGCAAAACAGGUGUCAGACAAGGAUGCGAAGAAGCUGUUUCCCAAAUGGAGCCACUUCCCAGCCUCAUGAAAGGACUGAAAAGGAAGGAGGACCAGGAUCGGUCCCCAAGGAGGCACGGUCAUGAUGCAGCAGAAGAUUUGGACCCUCUGUUGAGGGGCGAUCAUCCUCCAGAUAAACGACCCGUCCGCUUGAAUCGACCCCGGGGAGGCACUUUGUUCGGUCGGACAAUACAGGAUGUCUUCAAAAGCAAUAAAGAAGUAGGUCGUCUGGGCAACAAGGAAUCUAAAAAGGAAACUGGCUGUGCUGAGUCUGGGGAAAAUGACCACUUGGCCGUCCCAGGAGGCAGUCAGUCUGUCCUGGCACCUUCCCGGCUUCCAGGUGUGAAUAAAGAGGAAGAAACUGAAAGUAGAGAUAAAAAAGAAGAUUCUCUACGAGGAACUCCUGGCCGUCAGAGUAAAAGAAGUGAGAGCACAGACAGUCUUGGCUUGUCUCCUGAAGUCACAGCGAUCCAGUGCAAGAACAUCCCUGACUAUCUCAAUGACAGAACCACCCUGGAGAAGCACUUUGGCAGAAUUGCUAAAGUGCAGCGCGUCUAUACCAGGCGCAGCAAAAAGCUUGCAGUGGUGUAUUUUUUUGAUCAUGCAUCUGCAGCCCUGGCUAGGAAGAAGGGGAAAGGUUUGCAUAAGGAUAUGGCCAUCUUCUGGCACAAGAAAAAAACAAGUCCCAACAAGAAACCCUUUUCCCUCAAGGAGAAGCAGCCAGGUGACGGUGAAGCUGGCCCGGGCACCGAGGACACACCUUUUCAGCACUCCCCUCUUGGCAAGCCCGUGGCCAGGGCUGCAGCCGGCAGCCUGAAUAAAAGCUCUCCAGUGAAGAAGCCGAGUCUUCUGAAGCCUCCUCAAUUUGAGGGAGACCCGUUUGACGAGGGCUCCGAGGGCUCCGAGGGUCUUGGGCCGUGUGUGUCGUCUCUCAGUGCCCUGAUGGGUACUGUGGCUGAGACAUCCGAGGAGAAGUACCGCCUGCUUGACCAGAGGGACCGAGUCAUGCGGCAAGCUCGGGUGAAAAGGACCGACCUGGACAAAGCGAGGACUUUUGUUGGGACGUGCCCGGAUAUGUGUCCCGAGAAGGAGCGAUACAUGCGGGAGACCCGGAGCCAGCUUAGUGUGUUUGAAGUGGUCCCAGGCACUGACCAGGUGGACCACGCGGCAGCCGUGAAGGAGUACAGCCGCUCCUCAGCAGACCAGGAGGAGCCCCUGCCGCACGAGCUGCGUCCGUCGGUGGUGCUCAGCAGGACCAUGGACUACCUGGUGACCCAGAUCAUGGACCAGAAGGAGGGCAGCCUGCGGGACUGGUACGACUUCGUGUGGAACCGCACGCGGGGCAUACGGAAGGACAUCACGCAGCAGCACCUGUGUGACCCAGUGACGGUGUCUCUGAUUGAGAAGUGCACCCGGUUUCACAUCCACUGUGCUCACUUCAUGUGUGAGGAGCCCAUGUCCUCCUUUGAUGCCAAGAUCAACAAUGAGAACAUGACCAAGUGCCUUCAGAGUCUGAAGGAAAUGUACCAAGACCUGAGAAACAAGGGCGUGUUCUGUGCCAGUGAAGCAGAGUUCCAGGGCUACAACGUUCUGCUCAAUCUCAACAAGGGGGACAUCCUAAGAGAAGUGCAGCAGUUCCAUCCUGCCGUUAGAAACUCCUCUGAGGUGAAAUUCGCUGUUCAGGCUUUUGCUGCAUUGAACAGUAAUAAUUUUGUGCGAUUUUUCAAACUGGUCCUAUCAGCUUCUUAUCUGAACGCUUGUCUUCUGCAUUGUUACUUUAAUCAGAUCCGCAAGGACGCGCUCCGAGCGCUCAACGUGGCCUACACUGCGAGCACUCAGCGCUCCACCACCUUUCCCCUGGACGGCGUGGUGCGCAUGCUGCUUUUCAGAGACGGCGAGGAGGCCACAGACUUCCUCAGCUGCCACGGCCUCACCGUCUCCGAUGGCUGUGUCGAGCUGAACCGGUCCUCGUUCCUGGAACCAGAGGGUUUAUCCAAGGCCAGGAAGUCGGUGUUUAUUACCAGGAAGCUGACGGUGUCAGUUGGGGAGAUCAUGAAUGGAGGGCCGUUACCCCCUGUCCCCCGUCACACCCCCGUGUGCAGCUUCAACUCCCAGAACAAGUACGUCGGGGACAGCCUGGCUGCGGAGCUGCCCAUGGGCACUCAGAGACCCGGCUUGGACGUGGCGGGUGUAGGGAGAGGAGAGGAGUGCGGUGCGGAGGGGGACGAGACCCCUCCGGCUCUCCUCCUUCAGGCCCUGCCCACCCCUAUGCCAGCUUCUCCUCCACACCUCCCGGCACUGCCCUUGAGCAUGGCACCCAGCCUCUUCCAGCCCCCCGUGCAGCCCCCCGUGCAGCUGGAGCUCCUUCCCCCAGAGUCUGCACCUGUGUACUCGGACGAGGACCUGGUGCAGGUGGUGGAUGAGCUCAUCCAGGAGGUUCUUCAGAGGGACUGCGAGGAAGUUGGCGCCGCUGGGGCGGCCUUCGCAGCCGCAGCCCUGGGUGUUUCCAGUGCUGCUAUGGAGGAGCUGUUAACAGCUGCAACCGUGGGCAUUUUGAGGCACAUGGCAACUGAAGAAGUGACGAAGGAAAGGGAGCGAAAAGAGGAAGAGAGGCGGCGCGCUGAGGAAGAGAGGUUGAAACAAGAGAGGGAACUGGUGUUAACUCAGCUGAGCCAGGACCUAGCUGCAGAGCUGACAGAGCUCGUGGUGACAGAACGUGUGAGGGAAACCUGCUCCCAGGAGUUGAAGAGUGCAGUGGAGACAGAGCAGAGGCUCCGCAUGGCCCGUUGCUGUGAGGACGUCUGUGCCCACCUGGUGGACUUGUUUCUUGGGGAGGAAAUUUUCCACACUGCAAAAGAGACCCUCCAGGAACUUCAGUGCUUCUGCAAGUAUCUCCAGCGGUGGAGGGAAGCUGUCGCAGCCCGGAAGAAACUGAGGCGCCAGAUGCGGGCCUUCCCUGCGGCGCCCUGCUGUAUGGACGUGAAUGACCGGCUGAGGGCACUGGCUCCCAGCGCAGAGUGCCCCAUUGCAGAGGAGAACCUGGCCAAGGGCCUCCUGGAUCUGGGCCACGCAGGGAGAGUGGGCAUCUCCUGCACCAGGUUAAGGCGGCUCAGAAACAAGGUGGCACACCAGAUGAAGGUUCAGCACUUCUACCAGCAGCUGCUGAGUGACGCGGCAUGGGCGCCCCUGGACCUGCCAUCCCUCGUGGCUGAGCACCUCCCGGGGCGGCAGGAGCGUGUGUUUUGGAAGCUGGUGCUGGUGUUGCCUGAUGGAGAAGAGCAGUCCCCAGGGAGUCCUGGCAGAAUUCUAGCAAAUUGGUUAAAGGUCAAGUUCAUAGGAGAUGAUGGCUCAGUGGAUGACACAUGCCGUGAUGUUGGUGGCAUUCAGACACUCACUCUCUUUAACACUCUCAGCAGCAAGGGGAAUGAGACAGUUUCUGUCAGUGUGUGCAUCAAGGUGGCCCACGGUGCUCUUAGCGACUGUGCCCUCGACGCCGUGGAGACACAGAAGGAGCUCCUGGGAGCCAGUGGGCUCAUGCUGCUGCUUCCUCCCAAAGUGAAGAGCGAGGACGUGGCGGAGGAGGAUGUGUACUGGCUGUCGGCGUUGCUGCAGAUCAAGCAGCUCCUGCAGGCUAAGCCCUUCCAGCCUGCGCUUCCGCUGGUGGUUCUUGUGUCCAGCCCGGGAGGGGACGCCGUGGAGAAGGAGGUGGAAGCUGGUCUGAUGCUACAGGAUUUGGUUUCAGCUAAGCUGAUUUCGGAAUAUACCGUUAUUGAGAUCCCUGAUUCCAUUAGUGAUUUACAAGGCACAACUAAGGUUUCGCAGGCUGUGCAGUGGCUGGUCUCCCACUGCCCCUGUGCCCUUGACCUUUGUUGCCAGACCCUCAUUCAGUACGUGGAAGAUGGCAUUAGCCGGGAGUUUAGCGGCCGGUUUUUCCACGACAGAAGAGAGCGGAGGCUAGGCGGCCUGGCCCCGCAGGAGCCAAGCGCCGUCAUCGAGCUGUUCAACAGCGUGCUGAGCUUCCUGGCCUCUGUGGCGUCCUCCGAGCAGCUCUGUGACCUGUCCUGGCCUGUCACUGAGUUCGCCGAGGCAGGGGGUAGCCGGCUGCUUCCUCACCUUCACUGGAACACCCCGGAGCACCUGGCCUGGCUGAGGCAGGCUGUCCUUGGCUUCCAGCUCCCACAGGUGGACCUUCCGCCCCCGGGAGCUCCCUGGCUCCCCGUGUGCUCCAUGGUUGUCCAGUACACCUCCCAGAUCCCCAGCUCUCUCCAGACGCAGCCCGUCCUGCAGUCCCAGGUGGAGAGCCUGCUCCACAGCACGUACCGCAGGUGGAAGAGCAAGAGCCCCUCCCCAGGCCAGGGGGCGCGGCCCUCAGUUGCCGAGAUCCCGUGGGAUGACAUCAUCGCCUUGUGCAUCAACCACAGGCUGAGGGACUGGACACCCCCCAGGCUUCCCGUCACAUCAGAGGCACUGACUAAAGAUGGUCAGAUAUAUGUGUAUUUUUUUAAAAACCAUUUGAAAAAAUACGACGUUCCUUUGUCGUGGGAACAAGCGAGAAUGCAGACGCAGAAGGAGCUACGGUUCCGUCAGAGCUGUUUGGGGAUAAGGUCUUUUCAUCCUUCUGCAAACAAGCUUCCCACUCGGUUACUUCACGGGCACCGCAAAGGGAAGAGAGGUGUGGAGCGCGGCCGAGAGGGGCGGAUUCCCAGCACCGAGGACCUGAUGCUCGGAGCCUCUGCCCAGGAGCUCCUGGCCCAGUGUCUGUCCAGCAGCCUGCUGCUGGAGAAAGAGGAGAGCAAGAGGUUUGCAGAUCAACUUCAGCAGUGGUUGUCAGAGGACUCGGGAGCAUUUACAGAUUCAACUUCCCUUCCACUCUACCUUCCUCAGACUCUGGUGUCUCUGCCUCAGACUAUCGAACCUGUGAUGAAAACAUCUACAACUACUAGCCUUCAGAAUGACAGGACAGGGGAGCAACUGCAGAUGUCAGAGGCAACAGGCACAUCUCUGACCCAACGGCUGAAGCACUUAGAAAGGCUGAUCUGGAGUUCAAGGGAAGAGGACGUUGCCUCUGAGCUCCAUCUCUCUGCACUACUGGACAUGGUGGACAUUUGAGCUGCUGGACCUGAGGGUCUAGAAGAGUUUCUUUUACUCAAAAUAAUGUUACUCUCAGAUGCUUGAUGCAUGUUGGAAUGUGAUUAUUAAUCAUGCAAAUAAACCACUGGAAUAUCUAA